AUGGCGGCCUCCUUCACAAUCGAGAUGCCGGAGCUGCGAUUUCUUACCGAAUUGAAACACUCGGAUACUCAUUCAUUGCCAAACAAAGACGUCACUAGUCUCAAGCACAAACAACGGCCACGAUGGCCGAGCUGCACAACAAAGCCCCAAACCACCAACAUCACCACCAUCUGCGGGCCGAACCUACCACCGUUCGUGGGACGAACCUACAACCGUCCAUGGGCCGAACAGACCCAUCCGCCUCCACGGGCCAAAUCUACGACCGACCGCGGGUCGAACCGACCACCAUAUGCGGCCCGAACACGGAUCUUACAUCACAGACGGCCCGGUCGGAUCUCCCUAUGA